UAGGCGUCGUUUUCAAAGCUCGUUAACGGUUGUUGUCUUGGUGCUCUGUGUUCCCGACCUGUAAACAAUUAAACACGAGCGCUACUUAACAAACAUUACCGGUAACGUCACCGUGAUGAGUACACCGUGAGAGCGAGGCGGCCUCCGUGCAGGUUUUAUGCUACCUCACUGACUGAAAAUAAUAUGGACAACCUGGAUUUCUCAGAAGAGGAAAUUCAAGAACAACUGGCAAUCCUGGGCUACAAAAAUAUACCAAAACACAGACUGCUUGAAUUCAAGCAAGAUCUCGAAGAACUGGUUCGACGUGAAGAAUGGAAAAGCCUGGCCUCAUCCACUCAGAUAAACUCUGACAAAUCUCAGGUGGCCACAUCUCAGCCGAGUCCUCCUGCUUACACCAAAGAGAAAGUUAGUCGUCAGUGCUACUUUAAAGGUUCUGGUGAAGGGUUUUUCUUACAUACCGGACAACCUGGCAAUGGCAGACAGGUGCUUAUAACACAGGUACCCUGUGACUCGUACGCUCAACACUCGGUGGCUCUGAAGCUGCAGAUGCCUCCAGGUGCUCCCAGCAGGCUGCAUGUGGAGCCAGAUCCAGAUCCUGACGACACCUUCAACCCACCGCUCACCGACAGCUACACAUCCACUCCUGACUCCCACAGGGGACGCUUCAUCAAGAGAAAAGUCCUGAGGAAACAUAAAGGACAGUCUCUUGUCUGCGAUGAAUCAGUCUACAGUGAAGACUCAGCCGCAGCGAGCUGUCUGGAGGAGCGCCUGGCAGAUCUUCAUUUAUCCUCGCCGGCUCAACGCGACUUUGAGACGGAGGACGAAGACGUCACCAGUCAGAGUGACUCUCAGAGUUCAGAGACAGAGGGGGUUUCCUUCAGCGCCUUUGAAUCCUACAUGAGAGGCAUGACGCGAGCUCAAAGUGACGGAGACCUCAGACCCAAACCCAAAUCCUUCAUCCGACCAGUGAUGAGUCAGCAAACCAUAAAGAAGACGGACCCAGUGGCCAAGUAUUUCCAGUAUAAGCAGCUUUGGGAAAUGUUUAAACUUCCAGGAGAGAAGGACAGGAGAGCUCUGCGUUUGGAGAUUAAGGAACGACUUGCAUACCAACCUCCUCCACCCAAACCUCGGAGGGUUUACGUGCCGAACACCUACAUCGUGCCAACAGAGAAGAAGCGCUCUGCCCUGCGCUGGGAGAUCAGGAACGAUUUAGCCAACGGUGUCCUUCCACACAAAUUCAGUUAUCGAUUUUAGGCCUUUUGCUCCCCACAUGCCUUUUUUAGAUACUUUUAAUACAAAGAUGCAUUGUUUUUUUUUAUAUCAUUGACUUUAUUUAUUGAAUUUUCUUGUCAAACAUAAUAAACACAUAAAGAA